AUGGCGAAGUCCUAUUUUGACCCCAAAACACCAGAUAUCGUUAUUAAGAGCCUUUUCCAAAAGUACGACAAGGACAACAGCGGCUUUCUUGACCGGAAGGAGCUUUCAAGUUUACUGGAAGACGACCUUGGCUUGACCACUCGCCAAGUGGAAGUGUAUUUCCAUCUAUUGGACAGAGAUGGCAAUGCCAAAAUCAGUCCCGACGAAUUAAGCGACUGGCUCCGGAGAAACGAGCGAUUUAAAAUGGUGAACGACAAGUCGCGUUUUUAUGCGGUUUGCAAAGCAGUGGAUAUGUUCAAAAAAUAUGACAAAGAUGGAAGUCAGUAUAUCAGUUUUGAAGAGUUGAAAGAAGUAGCAGUAGUGAAGUGUGGCAAAUGUGACAAGAUCUGCAAGAAUCUAAGGGGACUGCGGAUACAUCAAGCCAGGACUGAUUGUGGGAAAUCAGACACCCAGACGCAACGCUCAGGUGGUACACCUGGUGAGACGUUGGGGGAUCCAAGUCGGGAAGAAUCCCAUAGAACUAGGAACCUCUACGCUUCUGAGAAUCUGGUUUCAAACACCCAGGGCAGGCAGCAGGAAGAGGACGACCAUGACCCUCUUCUUGAUCUGCUUCCCCCACUGGAGGAUGACACUCCAGCACAUGCAGAACCAGCACCACAAGUACAAACAGCUCCGGGAGAUGAUGAGAAGAGGCGCCCGCGAAUAGCAUGGCCCAAGACGACAGACCGGCGAGCGUGGCAGGAGCUAGAUCGAGACGUCUCCGCUAUACUGGAAACAACCCUCCAGGGUCCAGCUGACCGAAAGAUAAGAGCAAUGACGGGCCUCAUCUAUACUGUAAGCAAAGAGAGGUUUGGCUUGGCUGAGAAGAAGCCAGAGAAGCCAGCCCCAAUCAUCAGCAGAAGACAGAGGCUAAUCAAACAGACCAGAAAGGAGCUUACAAGUGUAAAGAGGCAGUAUAGAAAAGCCAAGGUAGAAGAGAAAGUAGGACUCCAACAGUUACGAAGCAUUUUACGAGAGAAACUGAGCACUCUCAACAAGGCUGAGCAAACAAGACAGAGGAAAAGGAAGAGGGAGAAACAGAGAGCUAGAUUCAUCCAGAAUCCAAACCAGUUCUCCAAAGACAUCCUUGACAACGAACGAUCAGGAACAUUAGAGAGCAGUAUGGAGGACAUAGAACAGCACUUACGCAAUGUCCACAGUGAUCCUUCACGGGAGGUUCCACUGGGUGACUGUUCAAGGCUAGAACCAGAAGACCCACCAGAAACUCCUUUGGACACAAAGGAGCCAUCAUUGUCUGAGGUACAGCACGUAGUGAAGAAAGCGAGGACAGGCUCAGCCCCAGGCCCGAAUGGCAUUCCUUAUCGUGUCUAUAAGAUGUGCCCUGGCAUUCUUCGGAAACUAUGGACCCUACUUAGAGUUAUUUGGAGAAAGGGCAAAAUCCCGGAUUGCUGGAAGAGAGCGGAGGGAAUAUUCGCCCCAAAGGAGAAGGACUCGAAGGAUAUUGGUCAGUUCCGGACCAUUUCUCUGCUCAACGUAGAGGGGAAGAUAUUCUUUGCAGUCCUAGCCAAGCGACUAACAACGUUCCUUACUGACAACAACUACGUUGAUACGUCAAUUCAGAAGGGUGGAGUUCCCGGAUUUUCAGGCUGCGUCGAGCAUACCAGUGUUCUCAGCCAAGUGAUCAGGGAGGCACGAGUGAACCAUGAUGACCUGACUGUAGUGUGGCUAGACCUUGACAACGCUUAUGGAUCAAUACCCCACAAGUUGAUUGAGAAGGCACUUGAGCAGUAUCAUGUACCAGACCACGUUUGUAACCUGGUAAAAGACUACUACAGAGGCAUUAAGCUACGCUUUGCUGUGGGAGACAAGACAACAGCAUAG